GCACUGUCUGUGAUCGCGCUUUGUCGGUCGUAAAAGAGCCUACAGAGGACCACUUGCCUUUUUUUCUCUUCGCGUCAGUUGGGACUCGGUCGGGUCACGUAAUUGCGUGUGAGUCGUUAGCUGGCCAGCCUUCGCGUCUAAGUCAUUAGCGCGCGUCUAUCGUACCCCCCUCUCGUGUGCGCCCGUUCCGAGAGGUCAGCGUCUAUCCGAACACUUGCGGCUAGGAUCGGUCACACGCUCGCUCAAUUUUCCGUCUCACCGGCUAAGCUAGCGUCGUCAGGUCAGCGCAACUCAGUUCGAUUGGCCAGUGUUACAAGUCGUCAUCGUAGGCGUGCUCCAACCGGGCCAGCGACAAUCUUAUCAGGCAAUUACGCAAUCCAUAUCGAGAGGCGGCGUUCCCUCAAUUAUAACCGUGGCGACGCAAUUAUAACAGUGGCGACAGAGUUGACGAACCAUGACUGACGAAUACGCAGAUUUAAAACUGAUGCUGCAGCAACAGCAUAAAUUGAUGUCCGUGCUAACCGAAAAGCUUUCCAGUUCUUCCCUCCAUGCAGGUCCGAGCGCCAAUUCUCAGUCAGUGGACCAGGUGGUUAGCGGCAUCAGCGAAUUUCUGUACGACGCCAAGGCCGGGGUAACGUUCGAAUCCUGGUACAAGCGGUACGAGGACCUGUUCACCGUUGACUUGGCUUGCCAGGACGACGCGUGGAAGGUCCGCCUGCUUCUGCGCAAACUUGGUACCCUCGAACACCAGCGCUACACCAAUUUCAUCUUGCCGAGGAACCCACGGGACGUUACCUUUGACGACACGGUCCGAACGUUGUCACAGAUUUUUGGCGAGCAGUCCUCUCUGUUCAAUGCUCGUUACCAAUGUCUGCAGCUGGUCAAACGUGAUGCCGACGACUUCAUCACGUACGCGGGCGUGGUCAAUCGUGAAUGCCAACGUUUUCAACUUGGCUCGCUCACCGAGGACCAAUUCAAAUGCCUGAUCUUCGUCUCUGGCCUCCAAUCUCCACACGAUGCCGAUAUCCGGACGUGCCUCCUGUCCAAGCUACAACAGGAUGGAUCAGUCACACUCCAGAACCUGGCCGAGGAGUGUCAAACGCUGCUCAACCUGAAGCACGAUUCUGCAAUGAUCCAGAACGCCGCCGCACCUGGUAUGGUCCAGGCAGUCACAGCACCGGGGGCGCAAUCGUCCGCGCGCCCCACCCAAUCCGACCGAGCGAAGUCCCCACCCUACGCAUGCCGAUUCUGUGGUGCCUGGCAUUUCCACCGCGACUGCAAGUUCCGCCAGCAUCGUUGUCAACGUUGUGGAAGGGUGGGGCACCGGGAUGGUUACUGCCAUCCUCCAUCUCCCAAGGGGGCCAAAAGUGGGCUGGCUCCCACCCGCGAUCUAAAGAA